UCAGAACUUGUCAGCCAGUCGUCUUUCGUCUGCUGAAGAGUAAAAAUAGCAAGUUUGCACCAAAGGUUUUCUUCUCUGAAAAUCGCAUUUUCAGUCUUCUAUCUACCACAUUCUCGAGUUGCUGUACUGUGCUAAGGCUUCAAGUACAUUAGACAAGUAAAGUAAAGGACCGUCAGGGAAAAAGACAAAAUGCCCAUGAUUAAGCUUCAGUCCUCGGACGGCGAGGUGUUCGACACGGAUGUGCAGAUCGCCAAAUGCAGCGGCACCAUCAAGACGAUGCUCGAUGACUUGGGCAUGGACGAGGGCGAGGACGAGAUGGUACCGCUGCCGAACGUGAACUCCGCCAUUCUGAAGAAGGUGCUCCAGUGGGCGACGUACCACAAGGACGACCCGCAGCCUGCCGAGGAUGACGAGAACAAGGAGAAGCGCACCGACGACAUCUCAUCGUGGGACGCGGACUUCCUCAAAGUCGACCAGGGCACACUGUUCGAGCUCAUCCUGGCGGCCAACUACUUGGACAUUAAGGGCCUCCUGGACGUGACGUGCAAGACUGUGGCCAACAUGAUCAAGGGCAAGACGCCCGAGGAGAUCCGCAAGACCUUCAACAUCAAGAACGACUUCACGCCCGCCGAGGAAGAGCAGGUCCGCAAGGAGAACGAGUGGUGCGAGGAGAAGUAACCCACUCACACUCAUAUUCCUCCACUUUCUUUCUCUCAUUUUUUUCACUCUCUGAAGCCUUGGUUAACAAUAAAAUGUGAACUUAUUCCUCAA